UUUUCGUUUCCCGGAAGGAUAGCGAUUACCCGAGCGCGCCGCGCCUGCUCGCCAGGGACCGAGCGCACGCUACCAGAGCUUCUCAAAGCCAUUUCCUCCCACGGGACCUUCCCCUUUACCCGGCCAUUAAGGGUUUGGGGAAGAAGGGCGAGCUCGAGCGCGGGCCUAAGGCCCGGCAGCCGCAGCCCGUGAGGCACUCCCGGCAGCCAGCCAGGUGGCUCCUUCACCUCCACCUGUAAUGCAGGAGGGAGCGGUGACUGGUUCUCCUAUGAGCCCAGCCGCAGCUCUGCCACCCUGCAGCUCCCGGGCCCAAGCCAGAUGUGAACCUCAAGUGAACCUGCUGGGUGAGGGGGAGAUCUGCAAGCUGCCAGGAAGACUCCGCAUCCAGCCGGCGCUCUGGAGCAGGGAGGACGUGGUGCACUGGCUGCGCUGGGCGGAGCAGGAGUACUCUCUGCAGCCUACCGGGGAGCACGGGUUCGAGAUGAAUGGCCGCGCCCUCUGCAUCCUCACCAAGGAUGACUUCCGGCUCCGCGCCCCGAGUUCAGGUGAUGUCCUGUAUGAGCUGCUCCAGUACAUCAAGACCCAGCGGCGAGCCCUGGUGUGUGGACCUUUUUUUGGAGGGGCCUUCAGACAGAGGGUGCCCAUGGGGCACUUCCCCUGCACCCUGGAAGAGGGGACUGGGCCCUCUCAAGUGGCCUCCCAAAGGGGCCUCCUGCAGCAGCCGCCAGACCUGGGACUUGCCAGCAACUUGAGCCACCUGGAUGCCCCUGGCCUGGCCCGGUGGCCCCUCGCCAAGGAGGACUCCCUCACCUUAUCUCACUGUGCAGAGCUGGGCAGCAGGACUGAGGGAGCCUGCUCCUUCCCUACGGUGCCACAGAGCCCCAUCGAUGGCAGGAUCGCAGACUGCAGGCUGCUGUGGGAUUAUGUGUACCAGCUGCUCUCUGAUGCCCGGUACGAGCCCUACAUCAGAUGGGAAGACAAGAAUGCCAAGAUCUUCCGAGUUGUGGACCCAAAUGGGCUCGCCAGACUCUGGGGAAACCACAAGAACCGGGUGAACAUGACUUAUGAAAAGAUGUCACGUGCUCUGCGCCACUACUAUAAGCUGAACAUCAUUAAGAAGGAACCUGGGCAGAAACUCCUGUUUAGAUUUCUGAAGACCCCUGGGAAGAUCAACCAGGACAAGGGCAGCCGCCUGGAGCAGCUGGAGAGCCAGGGGCAAGGCAGGGUGGACUUCAAGGAGGAGAUGCUGGAAGUCUCCCCGUGAGAAGCAGGUGGACUCUGGACUCCUGGCAUCGAAGAGGCAGUGACUGUCUCCCAUGAAGGCAGCUAGCUGGGUGGUGGCCUCCUGGUCCGCGGCACUCCUUUCUCCUCCCAGGCCAGCAGGGAUUUGCACUCAGGAACACGGCUGUUGUCUCAGGCCUCACAGCUGCCCAGGGCUGGGUAGAGCUGCGAGCAGGUGGCCUUACGUCAUAUUGCUGGGUAGGGGGCCUUGUGCUUUGGGUUGGGCACCCCUGAGGCUAUGUGGGGCACAGAGUGUGCACCUCUCCCUGUCCUACCUGCCUUAUCUACCCACAUGGACUCUAAGAGACCACCCAGCCCAAUCUCUUCAACUUACAGAAGAUGGAAGCAGAGACCCCUCACUGAGCCUCAGCUUUCCUCAAGGGGCGUACUCAGGAAAACUCACAGUUGGGGGGCUGCUGCAGGAAAUGGAAAAAAGGAGAACUACUAACUGAUACUGAGGUGCUUACUGUGUGCUAGGCCUGUGCUAAGGUCCUACCUGUAUUUUAUCUCCUUUAACUCCCACACCGAGCCUGAGGUUUAAAGAAGGGGAAACCGAGGUUUGCUGAGCCGGAUGCCUCUCCACAACCCUGUGCUGUUUCCUGUUUUCUUUGAUGAAAUGUACAGUUGACCCUUGAACAACUUGGGAGUCGAGGGGGCUGACCUCCUGUGGAGUCAGAAAUCUGUGCCUAACUUGACUCUCCCAAACUUAACUACUAAUAACCUGCUGUUGAGUGGACACCUGACCCACCACAUGAGCAGUGGAUUUAUGCAUAGGUUGUAUAUUCUAGGUACUGUGUACUGUAUUCUUACAAUAAAGUAGGCUACAGAAAAGAAAAUAUUACUAAGAAAAUGCUGAGGAAGAGAAAAUACACCACACUGUA